ACCUCCUAGGACCUGGCGUACACAUACGUGGACAUCACAUUUUUGGUCAUAUGACCACAGUCGUUAAUUCUGCUGAACUGUCGCCUCAUGGCCAAGUAUGUGGACACUUACACUGUCAUCUGGUGGUGUCAGAAGAGUACAACACACUACGGUAAGAAUUAAAAAUGGCGGCAAACACAAGGGAUAAUUCAAGUGGCAGCUCCAAACACAAACCUCGACAAGAGCGUUUUUCUGUGCAAACAGCAUUGGAGCAAUUUUGGCUAAAUGAUGGAGACAACUCAGAUUUGGAAGACUUGUCUGACAACGAUGAUCCCAUCCUGGAUGCCAAUUACCAACCCCGAACACAGGAGCGAAGCAGCAGUGAGGAUGAGGAUGACAGUAGUGAUGAUGAGGACCCCAUUCCUCAGCCCACUGAGCACAGCAGAGGACGUAAACGUCUCCGUGGUGCAAAUAAUGGAGCCUGUCCAUGCAGACAAUAUCUGCCAAUGAAGCCAAACCCAGUUGGCAUCAAGAACUUCGUUUGUGCUACAGCAGAUGGCAUUGUGCUGGACUUUGAUCUGUAUCAAGGUACAGGUGCACUGCUUGAGCAGGUCGAAGAAGAGGUGGGCCUGGGGUUGGGAGGCUUAGUCUUGGCUCGUCUGUGUCAAACUCUGCAUCGUGGCACAAAAGUGUAUUGUGACCGGUUCUUCACAAGCAUCCGAGGUGUGGAACAAAUGAUGAAGAAGGAGAUGUACAUUACUGGUACAAUAAUGAAGAACAGACUCGCUGGCGCGAAGGAGAAGCUACCCUCUGACAAAACCAUGAAAAACACAGGAAGAGGUACCUCAUCAGAACUUUCCACUGAAGACGGAAAGUUGUGUGUAGUGAAGUGGUAUGACAACAAACCAGUAUUGAUGAUGUCUGGUGUUCAUGGCACAGAGCCUGAAGACACCUGCCAGCGCUGGGACAAGAAAUUGAAACAGUAUGUGACUGUCUCGCGACCAAGCAUUGUCCGUGAGUACAACCUCAAGAUGGGUGGAGUGGAUUUGAUCGAUAGAAUGAUUAGCUACUAUCGCAUGAGUGCCCGUACUAAGAAGUGGACGAUGCGGAUGCUAAUGCACUUCACAGAUCUGGCUUUAGGUAACAGCUGGCUACUCUACCGCAAAGACCUCGCAAUAUGUGCUGCACCAAAGAAGAGCAUCAUGCAGUUCCUUGAGUUCCGUACAGAAAUUGCUACGACCCUCUUGGCCCAGCAUCACGGUCAAGGAAGCCAUGCAGACCUCUCUGAACAGUCAGAGGAAGAAGACAACUCAAAUCAAGGGAACAAACGUCCUGUGACGGCAGUGCCCCAUGUCUCGGUCCGCAGGAGGGCGAAUGCCCAUCUCCCAGAGAUGAUCAGCCUGAAGAAUGCGGCGCGCUGCAGGGUAGCAGGCUGCACUGGAAGAACCCGAGUGCGUUGUGUGACCUGCAAAGUGUUCUUGUGCUUGCAAGGCGAUCGCAACUGUUACACAGCCUUUCACACAUAGACACACAUACACUGCAGCACAACACACACACACACACACACACACACACACACACACACACACACACACACACACACACACACACACACACACACACACACACACACACACACACACACACACACACACACACACACACACUGCUGCAAUGCAAAAUUUCACAUAACACAUACUGUAACUGUGACUCUCCAAAGGGGGCAAAAAUGUUUUGUUUUUCUUCAUUUUGUUGUGUUUUUUCACAAUGAUGUUCAAAACACAAACAAUAGUUGAAAGUUGAAAAAACUGCUGUGUUCAAGGUUGAAAUAAAAUAGUUUUUCACUCUAUUACAAAAAGGUGACUUUAAUGUGUUUUAUGGAAAUUCAGACCCAGUGUCCACAUAUGUGGACAUCAUUUUUCUCUAAAAGUACAUCAUGUCAAAAGAUGAUACUUAGUUUUUAUACUUAUCAGGUUCCAAUAAGCCCAAAUAGCAAAGAGAAAUAAAAAAUGCAUAUAAAAAAACAGCUCGGG